AUGAAUUUUAAUAAAGCAAGCACAACAUUAAAAGAUACAAAGAAAUUAAUUAUUGUUUUGGAACAUGCAACAUUAGAUACAGUUAAAGUCAAAGAAAGCUUUCAAUUAUUAAAUUGUGAUGAUCAUGCUGACAUUUUAAAAAAACAUGGUAAAGAAGCAUCAGAAGCUAGACCAGAUAUUUUACAUCAAUGUUUAUUAGCACUUUUUGAUAGUCCACUCAAUAAAGCUGGUCUUCUUCAAGUUUUCAUAAAAACUACUAAAAAUGUUUUAAUUGAAGUACAUCCACAAACUAGAAUUCCAAGAACUUUUAAUAGAUUUGCUGGUUUAAUGGUUCAAUUAUUAAAGAAAUUAAGCAUUAGAGCAACAAAUGGACCAGAUAAAUUAUUUAAAGUUAUUAAGAAUCCAAUUACAGAUCAUUUAGCACCAGGAACUAAAAUAUACGCAACUUCAUUCUCUGCACCAAAAUGUGUAGAUUUAUUUGAAUUUGUUCCAGAAAUUUUCGGAUAUGAUCCAUUACCAGUGAUUCCAGUUUCAACUACACCAACAGGUGUAGCAUUAGGUUCAUCAACCAAUAACAACAACAAUGUAAAUAGUAUUCAAUCAUUAAAUUCAUUAGGUGGAGCACAAGUUAGAAGUGCUGGUGAAAGUUAUUAUGAGGGUAUGGAAGAUGAAGAAGCAGCAGAAGAAGAAGAAAAAGCAACAGAAACAAAUAAUAAAAAUAAAAAUAAAAGAAAACAAGAUGAAAAAUCUGAUAAUGAUAAAAAGAAACAAAAAACUUCAAAUACUACAACUACAACUACUUCGACUGCAACAACAGUACAAAAGAAACCAGAAAAGAAAUCUGAUCAAUUAAAUGGUUUACAACAAGUUUGUAUUGUAAUUGGUGCCAUGUCAACUGGUGCUAUGAAAAUCGAGUAUAAACACGAAGAAAUCGCUUUCUCAAAUUAUCCUUUAUCCGCUGCUGGUGCUUGUUUUAAAAUUACUACAGUUUUUGAAAGACAAUGGGGUAUCUUGUAA